AUGGGUGUCGACAUUCAGGCGCUGCGAUGUUCUCUGGAGAACAAGUCCUUCUGUGAGAAGGAGAAAGCGCUGCUCCAGUUGAUCCAGCACUCUGAGGCAAUCCAGCUUCAGCAGCAGGAGCUUCUCGAAACCACGAAGCGCCUCGCUGGGGUUUUCGAGCUUUCGAUCACGGGAUUUAGCAACGGCUCCUGCUCUGUCGAAGCUACGUCCUUCGACACCGUCUCGGUUAUCGGCGAGCAGCUCGCUCGCAAAAACGCCACCUGGUCGAAGUCCCUCACCAUCACCAAGGACGGCCAGGACCUGCCGAAAGAGGCGACCCUCUCAGCGCUCGGGAUUUCAGAAAGCUCCCAGCUCGGCUGCUAUGAACCCGGCUACCAAAUCUUUUUGAAGACUCUCACAGGCAGCACCGUAACCGUGCGAGUCGAAGAAAGUGAGACUAUCGGAAACUUCAAAGAAAAGGUUCAUCGUCUUGAAGGCAUCCCUCCCGACCGGCAGCGCUUGAUUUUCGCCGGCAUACAGCUAGAAGGCGAUAAGACCUUCUCAGACUACGGCAUCAAAAGGGCGUCCACCAUUCACGUCGUUUUAUCUCUGCGCGGGGGCAUGUACGAAGGAAUCUCUGGACGGAAGGGCUUCGAGGUGCUCCCAGACAAAAUCGUCUUCGAGGAUGGAAGCUCCUGGAAGUUGGACGAAAGCGCAGAGAGCUUCAAGCGCUGCGAUGAGAAGCACCAGACCAUAUCUUUUGCCUCAAAAGAAGAGAUGGUGAGCUACUUGGAGUCCUCUCGCGUGGAGUUUCUGCUUCAGCGUUUAGAAGAAAUUCAAUGCAGGAGCCAGGAAAUCGAGAAGGAAGCAUCUCACUGGAUGACCAGAGCAGCACCUGCUACCACGGAGACGGCAUAG